UUCUCAUGCCAAUUCAUAGGAUGCCAAUUUAUAAGAUAUUUGUUCUUACGGAUUCGAUGUAGAAACACAUUCGUAUGUACUAUUCCCAGGACAUUUACAUGCUAUUUUAUUUGGUGCAAAUUGUUUACAUCAUGUAGUUAUAUCCGAUCUUCUGAAGGACCACAAAUAAAUUAACAAACCUAUACAUGCCUUUCAACAACACUGUUAUCGUUAUCAUACAAAGGGGAUCUUCCGUUAAGUAAAUUUCCCCGCGAACGUAUAUUUUUCCACAAAGAAAGAAAAACGAAAAAUGAAUGACCGUUUAACCAUAAGUUAGCAAAAAAGUACCAUAUCAACAUAACGAGUUGUUUCAAUAGAGUAGAUGUAUCUGAUUAUAUGAAGUACCCCAGGACUAAGCUAUACUAUGAUUUCAACGCGACGUUUCACAUGGGCAAUCAACAACUUUGGGGAAUUGUUCAGAUUAACUUUCUAGAAGUUUCCACACCACGAAAAAUGGAAAAAUGUGGCUAGAGGAAACUGUAUUCAGUGAAAGAUGCGGUAUACCAAUUUGUGACGAACCCUAAAACAACAUCAGGUAAAAACAACAUGUCAGCUGCAACUCCAACAAGUUUUUCAAAUCUUAGCAUUGAUAUGAAUUGUCUGGUAUCAGAAGAUGACUCGUGGGCUGCUUCAUCUACAUAGACAUUAAUUUGUUCGUCUGUCCACUGACGUUUUCAGUGGGAGGUGAAACUAAUACAGUGCACACAGCCAUACAGCAUUCGCGAUAAAAACUGUUCACGUGUACGGCACGUAAGAUAAUCAAUGAAGUGAGAAGAAAGAGACGUCGAGUAACGGGAAGGUUUGAAACCUUGGAAAAAGACCACAGAAUUGUUGCAAAGAGCUGUCUGUUAUCACCGGCAGAUACCGCAUUCUUUACAUCAUAAUCGUAACGUUCUUCCAAUCUUUGCACUGAUAUGAACUGUCUGGUAUCAGAAGAUGACUCGUGGGCUGCUUCAUCUACAUAGAGAUUAAUUUGCUUGUCUGUCCAUUGACGUUUUCAGUGGGCGGUGAAACUAAUACAGUGCACACAGCCAUACAGCAUUCGCGAUAAAAACUGUUCACGUGUACGGCACGUAAGAUAAUCAAUGAAGUGAGAAGAAAAAGACGUCGAUUAACGGGAAGGUUUGAAACUUUGGAAAAAAAUCAUAGAACUGGGACUGCCUGAUUCGACAGGCAGAUACCACAUUCUUCAUUCCUCACAUCAAAAUCGUAACGUGCCGUCCAGAGGUCUCGAAGCCAUGGCUGAAGAUUUAUCCCCUGAUGCCACAUUUUUGAGUGAAAGUAUAGCAACACCAGGUGCAGAGGCUGCGCAGUCUCUCUCCAGGUAAGCUGGCGGAGGUGGCAAUCUCUACAUUUCCGGUAAAUCUGAGGAAGAUGAACAAGAAGAUGAACAAGAACUCUCUAUAAAAUGCGAUGCUUCAGCUGAGAACAGACAAACGAUCAACAUCAGUGCUGGUGAUUUUGAUACUUACGCCAUUGCAUACAUAUGUAAGGUUGAUAGUGCAUGCAGCAUGAAGAAAACAUCGGACGAGACGAAAACGGAACCCUUGGUGUCCAACAAUGAUAACAACAUGAACUUGGCAGGGAACAAUGGUACUGACACUUUCAAGGGUAACACGCGCAGUAACAAGUCCAGGGAUCCAAAUCCAAUGUACACACAUAAAAACACGGACCCUUAUCUGGUGUCCACCCCAAAAAACGUUAACCCUAAUCCGAUGUACCUGCCAAGCACCAUGAACCCCCCUCCAAACGAAAUUAACCCUAAUCCGAUGUACCUGCCAAGCACCACGGAGCCAAACGUCAGUCCUGGACCCGCCUCCAAGUCAAACAACAACGAUCGCUGCAUCCAGCCAUCAGCUGAUAACAGUCAGCAAGAUGAAGAAGCCAAGUUAACGCCAGCUAACAACGAAAAUGCUUGCCUUCAGCCGUAUGCUGUUACAAAACUGCAAGAUGAGGAAGUGGACACUGUUGUUGAGAACAAUCACUGUAUCCAACCAUAUGCUUUUAGAUGCAUAAAACGUAAUAAAACCGUCUUAAAAUCAUCUAACUGUGAUGCCGCCAAGCCCUAUGCUUUUGGAUACCAAGAAGAUGACUUCGACUCAGCUAAGAGCUGUGGUUAUUCCUGCACCCAACCAUAUGCUGUUAAAUACCAGGCAGACGAUGGCACUGAUGUCGGGCCAGUUGACUGUAGUGUCAUCCAGCCAUAUGCAGUUGGAUACCAGGAACAUGAUAAUGAUUAUCCACUUCCAGGGACUGAUGUAACAGCCAAAAAUGGACAUACAGCCUCACUCGGUAUAAAUUCUGAUGAUGUGGACAUUAAACCAUAUGCUGUUAGAUAUCAAGAACAUGACGAUAGUGGUAAUGAUAACCCAUCCUCAAUAACUGAUGCCGCCUCUGGUGAUGACGAAGUCGACAUUACACCGUAUGCUACCGCAUACAUGGACCAGGAUGACAUGGCGUGUGGCACAACUUCAGGGGAUACUCAAACAAAGGACCCAUUCCAGAAGCGGACAGAUGCUACAUACAGCAACAACGAUGUCAACGAUGCUUUACAUCGGAAUCCGAUGUAUGUGCCAAACGCUCAACGACAGGAAGCUUUCGGUACGAAAUUUUUACAUUUUAAAGCCCCUGUCCUGCUGAUAAUCAUUUUGUAUUUUGCCCUUCUUAGCUGGUUAAUUAAUCAGAUCAGUAAAACUUGACAUAUUUUGUUCUCAAUCAUAGUCGAUAUGCAAUAGGAUAGUUUUAUCUAAACUUACUGUGUGUAAAAAAUUAUUUUAAGAUUGAAUUUGAAAAUUGUUUAAGGCCCUAAAAUACAUUGGGUUCCUUUGAUAUUUUCUGUUCAACGCUUUGAAGGCGUAAUAUAUUUUCCAGGGUGUGCAUAUGGCCGGCUGGACCGGGUACUGAAGCCAGCUGCAGUCCUAACGCUUUUCAUCUCCGCUGGAAUCUUUUUCUGGUUAUUCUUUACCUAUACCACAUCAGUGCCGUCAGCGACAAUGGGCACUGCACUCACAACUGGUCACUCUACUCCGGACACUGCCCCAACCCCUGGCCAUUUUGCUCCGGACACUUCCUUCACCAGUGGUCACACUCCUCUGGACAGCGCCCCCACCACUGGUCAGCCAGCCUGUUGCAGUUCCAACAGGACGACCAUCAGGACGGCAUCUUCUGAGGGAGCAGCACCCAGACAGAAGUCGUCGGUCUCCUACGAGUCACAAC